AUGGACAACUUUCAAAACUACCAUCACUCUUCACCCGAAAGAGACACCUUUGCACCCGAUCUUCCCUUUAUUUUGCCUUCUCGCUCCGUUUCCAUUUAUUCCUUCUCAGCUGCGUUGGCUUCAGCGUCAUCUCCGUCUUCAAUGUUUUCACCCGCAACAGUUCAAGCGCAGCACUUAGUUCUGCCGCCAAUAAAUGGUUUAUUGACGCCAAUUAGCCCAUCCCAGCCGCUUCACUCAUUGCCUAUUCCGCGCAUGCCCACUCACAACAACGACGGCAACGAUAACAGCAAUGAUAGUAGCGAUAAUGAAAUUCCUCAGUUUACAACCAAUAGCCGUAUUCUCGGCGAGUCUGAAGCAUUUGUCUAUUACUACAGCUGCAAAACCGAUAUUUUUGUCAAGCGGCCUGUUGACCAAAUAUAUGGGCCCAACGGCAAGCUGUACAUUGAGCACAUUCCUGGCCACAGCAUCAUCACUCUUCCAAAAACCGUACCCAUUCAAAAACCCACCAAAAGAAUUGCUCAAAAAAAGUCCGCCAAAAAUAACUCUAAUACCAGUCUCAAUGGCAAGCCAGCAAAGCCCAACAAUGUUUUUAUUAGAUACAGGUGCGCCAAUUCUAGCAGAAUCAAAAAGUUAUUUCCCAAUGCCACCCAGACCGAUCUCUCGCGUAUUGCUGCCGAGUAUUGGCGCAACGAGACAGUUGAGGGGAAAAAAAGGUUUUGCAGCGAGUACAACGCUGAGUAUUCAGAGUACAUCAAAAAGUUCAAGCAGUGGGAGAUUCAGACAAAGCAGUUAAAAAUAAUGUGCUACAAAGAAUCUCAGCCUCAAAUGAUGAGCAUGGCAUCGGUAGUCGUGCCAACUCCUGCGCAUUACGAGUCUGCCGAUUUUUCUGGAGCUGGCCCAAUUAACCACUUGGAGUUUGGUGAUUUACCUGGUUUCAAUCAAAAACGCCGGCGCAGCUACUCUAUGCCUGCGCACAGGUUUAUAGCUAAACACAUUCCUAAACAGAGCGACAAGAAUCCAGCCCGCAAGCGCCAGAGAGUCUAUCCCAUGGCUGAGCCGCAUUUUAAUUAG